AUGCCUUCCGAAUCAUCUGUCUCCAUCUAUAAACUUGAUCAAUUGGAGUAUCAGUACCAUUACUUGACAAAAUCAUUAGAGAAGUUCGAACCAAGAUAUCCAAAAACUGCCAAACUAUACAAUUGUAUAGGUAAAAAGAACAAAAAGAAAAUUGAAAAACUAUUAAGCUCUUUAGAGUUGAGAACUUUAAGCAAAGAAUUGGAUGAAAGUUACUCGAAAUUACUUAAUAAUAAGAUUCACUAUUACGAGACACAUUUAUCAAAAUGUAUAAAAGAACAAAUUCAAAAAAUAUCCAAAAAAAAUUUCAGUAAAGUGAAAGAUGCUCAAAAAAUCAAAACACCCUCUAUAGAUGUUGAAAAGAUGCUUGAUAUGCAGCUGUCAUUAGAUGAUUUAGCACAAUUCAUGACAAGAUUUAGGCUGAUCAAAAUUUUGCAUCAGAGGAUUAAACAAAAAAACAAAAAGGUCGUAGAUAAUACGAAUACUAAGACUUGGUUAAACAACAAUGAUUACAGUGAUUAUAUCAACAAUAAAACAAGUAAAUGGAACCCAAGCAAUAUUUGGAAUGAAGUCAUUACGAAGCUCCCAAAUUGUGAAAAGUUAAACGCCUUAACUGGUCAAAGUAAAAUCGUUCAAAAUCUAGUCGAAUCGUUCGAUUUGAGCAUUUGUCUCAUAUUUGGAUUUGAUGUAAGCGCUAUGAAAGCAAAGAAGUAUGGAGCAAGGGAGAAGAUAGCUAAAGUUACUUCAACGCACGCCAACACUGACCGUGGCACCGAUGGCCGUGAUGAAAAUAAUAGCAUCAAUAGGAACUCUGGUGCGACCAGCGGACAAAGUCAGAGCAAUAAAGAAACCACGUCCGACAAUGAGGAUAUAUUGAUAGAAGAAUACGAGGGAAUGCUAGGCAGUUCAGGAGACGAAGGAGAAGGUGGCGGAUACCUAAAUCCCAAUAUUAACUACAAUGAAGUAACAGAUGAGGAACCUAGCGAGGGAUCAUCCGAUGAAAAUGACAGCGACGAAGACUUCAGUGGCUCUGAAGAGAACGAGCCGAGGAGAAAAAAAGCAAAAUUGCAUAAUUUGCCUGAACUAAUGGCUGGCUAUUACAGUGGAGAUGACAGUGAAGAAGAUACCGAUGAAAACAAUCAAAGUGUUAGGGGAAAGAAGAAAAAGAACGAUGCAGUGGAAGACCGUACGGCUAGAGAGCAAAUAUCAAAUGAGCCGAAGAGGAAAAACAGGCGUGGGCAAAGAGCAAGAAGAAAGAUUUGGGAGAAAAAAUAUGGUUCGCAAGCCAAGCACGUUCAAAGGGAAUUGGAGAAGGAAAUGGAAGAUAGAAAGCAGAGACAAAUCGAGUACGAAGCAAGAGUAGCUAAGCGUGAAGCUAAGGCAGCAUCAUUGGAGGCCUCUAGGAAUAGAGAACGUGAAUACAGACGUACUGAAGUGAUCCAUAAGAAAGAAAAAGAAACAACUGCCACUGGGGAAGAACAUCCUUCCUGGAUUGCAAAGAGAUUAGCUGAAGAAAAGUUACAAAAAGCAAAAUUUGAAGGUAAGAAGAUUAAAUUUGAUUAA